GCCGUCAUGGCCUAUGACCGCUAUGUUGCCAUUUGCCAUCCCUUGCAGUACCCUCUCACCAUGACCCUAACUCUCUGUGGCCGUUUGGUCAUGGCCUCUGUGGUCAUCGGCUUGUUCCUGUCCAUACAACUGGUGGCCUUCAUCUUCUCUCUGCCAUUCUGCCGGACUCGCACUAUCGAGCACUUCUUUUGUGACGCCCCACCAGUGAUGCGGCUUGUUUGCGCCAACAGCCACAUCCAUGAGCAUUCAGUGCUCGUGGCAGCCACACUGGCCAUUGCCAUCCCUUUCUUCUUCAUUGCCACCUCCUAUGUCUUCAUUGUGGCUGCCGUGCUCAAGAUCCACUCAGCAGCUGGGCGUCACCGGGCCUUCUCCACCUGCUCCUCCCACCUGUCUGUGGUCCUGCUGCAGUACGGCUGCUGUGCCUUCAUGUACCUGCGCCCCAGCUCCAGCUACUACCCCAAACAAGAUCAGUUCAUCUCACUGGUGUACAUACUGGGAACUCCAGUGCUCAACCCGCUUAUCUACACCCUGAGGAACAGCGACAUGAAGGGGACCCUGGGGAGACUGCUUACCAGGAAUUGCCUCUCCCAUUACAACUACGGGAGCUUCCAACCUUCAGGCAAGG